CCCGGUCAACGUUGGCUUGGGUCUGCAGUGUAUAACCUCGGGUAGCAGGUUGUUGGCCACUACUGAGCUCAGAAUUCGGAAUCAAUUCCUCUCAUCAGUGGUUUAUUGGUGAUGAUCCCCAUGAUAUACCUCCUUGGCAUCCAGCUGCCCAAUGACCGUGCGCUCUGUUGAUAUGGCGUUCAGCUUGGCUCAGCUCCCGUCCCGCGGUCAUGGCCUGCAAGGGGACCGGGACGCUCACCGCGGUGCAAAGUCGCCUGGUAUAUAAAGUCGGCUGAAGACUAGUAUCUUUGCAUAGAGCUGUUGGUAGUGCUAGUCCUCACCAACACCGCUCACCUCUGGCCUUAAUCUCUUUUACCACCCAUACCUCGACGCCUCGAUCUGCGCCCAGCAUACUCUUCUCUGCAGCAAUGACAGAAGAAGUAUCCAUGGGCACCGACAUGGCCCGCUCUGACACACUGAAGAAGAACGGCCAUGAGGAGGUUCAUCUUGAGAAUGUAUCCCCAACGCCACCUGACCAGCAGCCCAACAGGGACCUUUGGACAGAUACUUCUCCCGCCAACCCUCAGAAUUGGCCUGUCUGGAAGAAAAAUGCCCAUAUCUUGAUGGUGGCGUUUCAUUCGAUGGCUGCAACCUUCAUGGCGGCCGGCAUUAUACCGGCCUACGACAUUAUGGCUGAAAGGUACAACAUAACGGUGCCACAAGCCAGUUACCUCACCUCUGUUCAGAUCUUGCUCUUAGGCAUUUGUCCCCUUUUCUGGCAACCCAUUACCUCUACCUACGGACGAUACCAUGUUUUACUGUUUUCGGUUCUUGGGAGUAUGGUUUGCAAUAUCGGCGGAGCUCGUUGUACUACCUACGGAACACAAAUGGCCACUCGAGUGCUCACCGCAGUCCUCAUUUCUCCUCCUAUUGGGAUUGGCAGCGGUGUGAUCACGGAGCUGUGUGAGCCAGAGAAGCGAGCGCAGAAGCUUGGAUGGUGGACACUUAUGUUGACCCUGGGAACUCCAGGUGGGCCAUUUAUCAUGGGCUUUGUCACAAAGCGUAUUGGGUUUGAGUGGAUCUAUUGGAUAUUCGCCAUGAUGAACUUCGGGCAGUUCAUCGCUUACCUGCUCUUGGGUGAGGAAACGCUUUACAUUCCGACCGACGGGGAUACAUCUGAUGCAGCUGUGGCGAGGCCUCGCUUCGUUCAGAAGUUUAUUCCUCGGCAGAUCAACCCUCGUCCACUUAAGCUUCGCGAAUUCAUCGAGCCACUUCUUUUUACGAGGCUGCCUAGGGUGCUUAUUCCUGCAUGCGCUCAUGCCAUAGUGUUUUGCUAUGGAAACAUUGCUCUGAUUGUUGAAAUGCCAAUCGCUUUCGGUGAGAAGUUUGACUUCGAUUCGCAGCAGAUUGGUCUGCAGUUCAUCGCUAUCAUUAUCGGCUGUGUCCUCGGCGAGCAGCUGAGUGGCCCUAUGUCAGACCGAUUUCUGCAAGUCAUGCAUAAAAGAAGAGGAUAUCACCGCCCCGCAGAUCGGCUAUGGCUCUCAUACAUUGGAUUUGCCACCGUCAUUGCUGGCCUUCUCGUAUGGGGCCUUCAGCUACAGAAGGCUACCAGCUGGAACGUGACCCCAUGUGUCGGUGCAGCGAUUGCCAGUUUUGGAAACCAAAUUAUAACGACAAUCCUGAUUUCGUUCGCCAUCGACAGCUAUAAGGAAGCAUCGACCAGUAUCGGCGUUUGCAUCAAUGUCUUUCGACAUGUGUAUGGUUUUAUCGGCCCAUUCUAUUUCCCUGACAUGUUCGAGUCGCUGGGUCUGGGCGGUGCAGCUGGUGUCAUGUGUGCUAUCAUCGGAGUCUGCGCACUUCCCUCAAUCAUCGCCCUACAUUUCGUGGCUACACGCGCAGACCAGAAGAUGCAAGAUAAUGUUACGGACUGAUAUAGUCAUGGCAUGAAAGAAUCUAUACUAUAGAAUUAGCGAUUUACAAUUUGAGACAGCAAAAUUGAACAGCUCUGUCGUGGAUGAC